GUGACCCUGAAGCCUUAGCAAGCCACAGUUUUGGAAAUGGGACAAACAGAUCUGAAAACGGGUCUUCAAAAAACAGUGGAUACCCUGAAUAUAUUGCUUAUUUCCUGAUUCCAGUAUUCUUCCUUAUGGGGCUGUUAGGGAUUUUAAUUUGCCACGUGCUAAAGAAAAAAGGGUAUCGGUGUACAACUGAAGCAGAGCAAGAAGAAGAGCAGCUUGAGGAAAAGAUAGAAUUGAAUGAAAGUGUAAAUGAUAACAAUGAUACCGUGGGACAGAUUGUCGACUACAUAAUGAAAAAUGAAGCUAACGCAGAUGUGCUGAAAGCUUUGGUUGCUGAUAACUCAGUGAAUGAUCCAGAAAGCCCAGCUACUCCUGGCAGUCCACCAAGUCCAGGUUCCCCAACGUCUCCUGGUAGUCCUUUGUCAAAACAUACUUGCCGGGGACACCACUUGCACACCGUCGGGGGCAUUGCUGGGUCAGGGGCUUGUACCCGGUGCAGCCAGAAACGAUGGCAUCUCUUCAGUCCAGCUAAAAGAGCAAAAGACGUCAGAAGAUCCCGGCAGGGAGAGGUCACAAUACUGUCUGUGGGAAGAUUUCGCGUUACCAAAGUGGAACAUAAGCCUGCUGCAAGGGAACGAAAACACUUGGUGUCUGUCAGUGGAGGGGAAGCUGGUGAAAUGCCCUCUACUCCUUUUAAAGAGGGGUCUAAAGAAGAGCCAGUUUCAGUUCCUGUCAAACAAGGAUCAAAAGAACUGAAAUUAACACCUACCAAACAAGAAAAGAAUGUGAAAUCUGUUUCAGAGUAGCACUUUGAGAUAGAACGUCAUGGCGAUCCAUUAUCAGCAGGUGGAGGCUUUUGGAGAAAGCAAGUAAGGAAGACCAUUGUGGGGGGGAGGAAAAAAUCAAACUUGGCACCCUAAUGCCUUCUCAAAGAGGUAUUUGUAAAUGCAGUAUUGUGCGCAGCUUUCACUAACUGAAUCUCUGUACAAUUUGGUCCCAGAUAUUUAAUGUAUUUUUAAUAAUGGAAUAUUUAACGGCAUUUAAUAAUUUGAAGGCUACUGGAACCUACAGUCUGCAGUUUUAUAUUUUUUCUUAAAAAAAAUGUCUUUUUUUCACUUCUAACAAAGCAGAACUUUAAUGAGAUCUCUCUCGGAAUGGGCAAAACCAAAACCGUUUUGUCAGAGCGUCUCUCGUACGUGUCUCAUUACAUUAGGUCAAAUCAAAUCAAAAUAACGUAAUCUGAUAUUGCUCAUUUCUGAGAGCAGUGUCACAGAGAAUGAACGUUGUGAGCCAUGUUUUUGUCUUAAUUUAUUGCUCAAUAACGCACUGCUUAAUUAUAUUUGUGCUGCACCCUUACUGUAAUUGCUGUUUCGUUCUCAAAACCGACUUUACUGUUUUUUCCCGAGCUCAGAUGAGCUGCUUAUUGCAUUUGUGGACUUGUCCAAGAACUAGUUUGUGGAUAUGUGUGCAAUUUAUUGUUACUUUUUGCCCGAUACUAUAGGCAAACUGUGAAAAUAAAUAUAAGAAAUGCCCUUCAGCGUUCGGAGAUUCUGCACUCAUGGCUCUUUUUAGAGAGAUCAAUAUUGCUGAAGGGCAUCUAAACAUCUGUGACAAGAGGGCAUAGCAUUAAUAGCGCAAUCUAAAAUGUGUCUGCACAGAAGUACAUUCCAGUAAAUUCAGUAGUUCUUUCUUCCAGGGUAGUAUGCACAGCCGUGUUUCUCAACCUCGGCAAGUUUAAGAUGCGUGAACUGCAACUCCUAGACUUCUCCAGCCAGCAUGGAAUUCUGGGGGUUGAAGUCCACCCAUCUUAAAGUUGCCGAGGUUGAAAAACACGGAUGUAGAGGAUUGCAGUCGACAUUAGCAUUACUUAGGAAAAUAUAACUCUUCGUUUUCUGUAUCCCGAGCCAGAUAUACAGUACUUUUUUCUGGGAUUGGGUUAGACCGCGUGUGGGAUUCUUGGAGUUCUCUUUAUACCUUGCUAAAUGUUACUUCCCCAUGAGUUUUGGGUGGGAGGGAUUAUAGGUAGGUGGAAGCAUUUCCCUAUUAAGUGAAAAGCCUGCGCCUUUAUGUGAUAAAAUUUAGCUAUGUGAUACCACAACUUUGGACAAUAUGGUCACGUUCUUAAAGCCCAAAGUUAAAGAAAGCUUGGGUUUGAAAUUAAAUAAUUAAAUGAGAACCCUUCCUACAAUGUUGCAUGCAUUCUACUUAGUCAACAGUGCUCUCGUCCUUGUUAUCCUUGUCACUUACCUUCCCGCUUAGUUGUUGGUGCCAGUGUCCUGUGGCCACUGCUUGAGGGGAGUGUCUUCUGCUGGUGACGUUCCCUUCCCACUGGUAGAGCUAUUUUUGCUACAUCAAGACCUGAGCUUAAAUUUGGAAACGAAGGGAGUGAUAUCCUUGGGUGCUCCUGACGACCUCAGUGAGGCUUUGCUCUAAAUCCUAGUCAUGUUUACCUGAUUGCUGACUGGCUGGGGUCAUUUAGCUUGAGAAAUCCUCCCUUAAAAUAGAGCCCAGAUUGCUGCCAUUCUAAAAUAGGGCUGGCAAAGGGCAAUUGAGAGGACUUUUCAGCCUUGAAAAGGGCUAAUAAAAAUACACUACACUAACUCCGACGGAAUGCCGAAGAUGGUGUAGUCCAGUUCUCAAAGCGAGCAUUGUUCUAGUUGGAAUUUAACCCGUCAGGAUGGUUAAGUGGAUUAUUUAACUGCAAAUCCAACAAUUCUUGAGGAAAAACUGAUUGCAAGUAUCCUUCAGAUUUAUUAUGAGUUGUACUAGAACAAGUUGCACCACUCCCAGCUUUGUGGGGAACCUUUAAUCACUGUUUCUCAACCUUGGCAACUUUAAGAUGUGUGGACUUCAUCUCCCAGAAUUCCCCAGCCUGCCACACUUCUUAAAGUUGCAGAGGUUGAGAAACACUGCGUUAGAUAAAUAUUCACACCUGUACAGACUUCUGCUGUUGACCAAAAUCUUUGGAUUGCGAAAAUAUAUUUAUAUGCUUGAAUAAAAGUGUUUCUCAAUUGUAGAACACAAGCCGUUCUAUCAAUAAGCUUGUAUGAUGUAUCAGUUGCCAGAGUGGAGAUGAGACUCACUUUUCACCUUAAGUGUAAUUUAACUGUGCAUUAAAUGUAUUUUAACAAUUUGGUUUGUUGUAAACAUUUUGUACUAUUUGAACAAUAAAAGCAGCCAAGCCCUUUUUAAAA